UCAUCCCGCCGCACAGUCACCAAACAGACGUGCCCAAUCGCUACGAGUUAUUGGUUUACGUCAUCAACUGUGCGCCGGAAUCCCGUCAGCCAGGGAGGAGCACACGUGGGAGAAGUGUAGGUACCAGUUCCUAAGCAGGCAUGGGGAAGAGGAGGAAGCCCCGGAGGGACGAGGCUAUUAGCGCCUUGAGUAAGAAGCAGAAGAAGCACCUGAAGGAAUUUGGGGAACAGCACCCCUUCUAUGAUGCAGUCUCCAAAAAAAAACAAGAAGUAACCCAAGUCAUUCAGCUGCCUGAGAGCUCAGAGGAUGAAUCCAGAAGUGAGAGCGAGGCAGAGAGUGAGCCAGAGCAGGUCAAUAUGUACCACCAACUCCUCGCCACCUUGAAAAGUGUUUCAGAUGAAGAGGAAGAAGAAAGUGAUGAUGAUGAUGAUGUAGAAGAAGAAACCGUAGAAGAUGAAGGCGAUGAUGCAGAAGAGGUGGAUGAGGAAUCUGAAGCAGAAAAUGAGGAUGUUGAAGAUGAGAGUGAAGGGGAAGUAUCUGGAGAAGACCAUGGGGCAACGGAUGGGAUAACUGGAGAGGAGCAGAAAGAGGCAGAUGAUGAUGAGGAGGAGGUGGUAGUUGGAGAUCCAGCUGCAGAAGAAGUCGGGGAAUUCACUGAUGCGAAACAUGAAUCUAAGUUCAGUUUAGAAACAAAUUUUCUGGAUGCCGACAAUGAAGAUUCUAAGAUUGAACAAGUCUCCAGUUCAACUGUGGCUACAGAAGACCCAUUUGUUCAGCAUGUCAGCAGGGAGCUGGAAGAGCAAGACAUCAGUAAGAUCGGCUCAAAUCCUAAAAAAGCAUCACUGAAGUGGCCUGCCUUGGGACAGAUUGUUAUCUCGAGCUCCCUUCCUGAGGUCCAGCCCUUAAAAUCAGAGAAAGAAAGUGACCUGCACAAGCUCUAUUUGCACAAGCCACUCUUUUCUACGUGGCCCAAAGUGAACAGUUCCUUCCUGUCGGCUCCUAAUGAACAGAAAUUCACCCCACUACAGAGAGAGCUUUUCAGCAUCAUGAACUCCUACAGAGACUUAUUCUAUCCAGCUCGGAGCCCUACGGUGCAAGGAGAAGAGAUCCGACAUGUGUACUGUCUCCAUGCACUGAACCAUGCUCUGAAAGCAAACUCCCACGUAUUAAAUAACAACUCCCGGAAGAGAGAGCAAAAACCUGGGAUGGAUGAAGAAGACCUAAGGGACCAGGGCUUAACCAGACCAAAGGUGCUGAUUGUUGUGCCGUUCCGAGAAUCCGCCUUACGUGUAGUGCAGAUUUUAAUCAGCUUGAUGGAAGUUGGAGACAGGAAAGUCGACGUGAGCAAUAAGAAGAGGUUCAAAGAAGAAUUCGGAUCUGAGCCGGAAGACAGGCCCCCAAACUUGAAGAGGCCCGAAGAUUAUGAAGCCGUGUUUGCAGGAAACAUUGAUGACCACUUCAGGAUAGGAGUCGCCAUCUUGCAGAAGAGCAUGAGAUUGUACUCUCCCUUCUACUCCUCCGACAUCAUUAUCGCCUCCCCCCUCGGAUUGCGAACGAUCAUUGGCAGCGACGGGGAGAAGAAGAGGGACUUUGAUUUUCUGUCUUCCAUAGAAGUUCUCAUUCUGGAUCAAACCGAUUUAUAUCUGAUGCAGAACUGGGAGCAUGUGUUGCACCUGAUGGCUCACCUCAACCUGCAGCCCACAGAGUCUCAUGGGGUUGAUUUCUCUCGUGUCCGCAUGUGGAACCUUAGCAACUGGGCCAAGUACUAUCGGCAGACGCUGUUGUUUAGCUCCCUGCAGGAGCCCCAGAUAAACUCCAUAUUCAACAAGCAUUGCUUCAAUUACUGUGGGCAGGUGGCAGUUAGGAACAUGCCUAUUACUGGAUCUAUCAGUCAUGUUGUGGUCCAGCUCCCACACGUCUUCCAGAGGUUAGAGGCAGACGGGCUGCUUUCUGUCAUAGAUGCCAGGUUCGAGUUCUUUACCAGCAAGAUUCUGCCGCAGUAUCGGGAUGCCAUCAUGUCUCAUACGCUCAUCUAUAUCCCUUCCUACUUCGACUACGUGCGACUCCGGAACUACUUCAAGAAGGAAGAACUGAACUUCACGCACGUCUGCGAAUACACGAACAAGCCCGGAAUCUCCAGAGCUCGGCAGUUCUUCCUGAAGGGGGAGAGACAGUUUCUGCUGGUCACCGAGAGGUUUCACUUUUACAAGAGAUACACGUUGAAAGGUAUCCGAAACCUUAUCUUCUACGAGCUCCCUACUUAUCCCCAUUUCUACAGCGACGUGUGCAAUAUGAUGAAAGCGUGGCACCGGGGGGAGGAAGCCACGUGGACCUGCACUGUGCUUUACUCGAAGUAUGAUGCCCAGAGACUGGCCGCUGUGGUGGGGGCAGAGCGUGCCGCGCAGAUGCUGCAGUCUAAGAAAAAUGUGCACCUUUUUGUUACCGGAGAAAACGGUUAAUUUGGCGAUGAAAAGAAAAAAACGCGGAGCCUGAUAACAAUAACGCAGUCAAGUAUUUUUGUACAAAGCUACUUCAGCAUGAACGAAAUGUACAAACAGAAGAACAAUGUUCAUUUUGAUCUGCUGAAAAGGUGUAAUUUACGUUUUUUUUUGUUCCUGUUCAGCUGCCGUCUGAGCUAGACGUGAGACAUUCAGAAGCUACUCUAUUGAUAUGGAACGUAAGAACAGCCUACAAUAGUGCUGUGUAUGCCACAUUCAAUGCAAACAAAGUUCCUCUCCCCCUUGUGAAAUCCACCAAUAAAUGUGGCUUAGUAGUAAAGUCAAUUCAGACCUGCUCAGUGCUUGGCAACUGUCAUUUUCAACAAUAUCCCCUCCAGAUGCUGGCGAAUUACAACUCAUCCCAUCAGUUACUAAUAUUAAUUAUCCUGGGAUGUCCGGGCAACAGCCUUAAAGAAAUAAUUCCAAAUUCUUUAUGUUGGCUGAGCAAAAUAAACUUUACUUACACUA